AUGGUAAGUGCUUCCGUCGCUUGGCCCUGUGGUUCAAUGUCUGCUGACAUUAACUCUAUUAAAAGGUUCUUUGUAAAUCUGCGUACUGGCAAGUCCCAAUGGGAAUCCCCUCAAGGACCGGCACAAGAGGAGCUGCAUGCACCGCCUAGCGAAGCACCUCCCUCAUACGAAGAGUCCGGGCCUGCGAACCCGUCUGCAGUACAUGGUGCAAACGAGAAGAAAAACCUGGGUUCUAAUAAUCCCUAUAACCAGGCCGGCGCCAGAAGCAGUUCUCUGGACAGCGAUGCCCGGCUAGCUGCCCAGUUACAGGCUGAGGAAGAUGCCCGCGCUCGUGACAGUAGAAGCCCGAGACAGCAAGCACAGCCUGGGGCUGCAGCAGAUUACUAUACAGAAGCCUCGCGACCGCAGUCAGUUGGAUACCAGUCGUCCUCCACCCCCCCACAACAUAUAACCGGUCCAGAGCAGAAGAGGAGCAAAGGCUUUCUGAGCAAGUUGAUGGGAAAAUCAUCAAGUGGUAGUGCUGCGAAUCAUGGAAGGCCAUCUUCGCAGCCGUCACAACCAUACGGGUAUCCUCCAGGCGGAUACGGUGGUUAUCCUCAACAACCCACAGGGUAUGGCUAUCCUUCCUAUCCAGCCCAACCUGGUUAUUAUCCUACAGCAGCACAACCAGUGCGACGUCAUGGUGGCGGUAUGGGAACUGCGGGCGCUGCAGCUUUAGGUGUAGGUGGUGGUUUGAUCGGGGGUGCUUUGUUGGCAGAAGCUUUGGACGACCAUCAUGACUAUGAUGAUUACGGCUCAGGCGGUUAUGAUGACUUUGACGGUGGCGACUUCGGCGAUUUUUAA